UAUUAGGCGUCGUAAAAGGAAUCCUUUAUUAAUAAUUUUGUUAAAUUUUACGGCAAAUUAUAACAAAUGGAUUGUUUAUAUAAAUAUUUAAAAAUAUAAAGUUUUUAGAGAAGAAAUUGUUUAAUUUUUAUAUUGAUAUACAAUAAGUGCAAUAGAUUUAGUUGGAAACAGUAUAACCACAUCACGAAAUCGAUUUUUGUUUAUUUUCUUGUAAGAACUAACAAAAAUCCUGCGACACUUAAUACCAGCAGAAAAUUUAUUUCUUGCAACUGCCUAUUUAAUAAAUAUGGCUCAUUCAGUACAUGUUGAACGUAGUAUACAUGAAAUGUUAAAAGAUACACCGUCCAUGAAUGAAAGUGAUAACGCUGUUCAUACAGGAACAGAAGCCUCCAGUAGCUGUACACCUUUUAAACCACCACCUACUUCUCUACCGCUCAGAAAUCAUUCAGCACCAACAACUCCUAUGUCACCUAGAAGCCCACAAAUUGGUUUAGAUACUAGUCUAUUAAAAACUGGAGCAUCAAAAAUUGAUAGCAUAAAGAACUGGAGUAUAUCGACUUACAAAUGUACUCGCCAGAUCAUGCUUGAAAAGUUAGGCAAAUCUCAACGUACUGUGGACUCGGAAUUGGAAGCCCACAUUGAGCAACUACGAGAGACACAACGUAAAUAUUUAUCAAUAUUGCGUUUAGCACGGGCCUUUAGCUCGCACUUUCAUCAUGUUGUGGUUACCCAGCAUGCACUUGCUGACGCAUUUGCCGAUUUGGCACAAAAAAAUCCUGAACUACAAAAAGAAUUUAGUUGCAAUUCGGAAACCCAACGAUCUCUAACAAAAAAUGGUGAACUUUUGUUGAACGCAUUAAAUUUUUUUAUAUCAUCUGUCAAUACUCUCUGCAAUAAAACCAUCGAUGAUACACUAUUAACAAUUAGACAAUAUGAGACCGCCAGAGUUGAAUUUGAUGCAUAUCGUAUGGAUUUGGAAAAUGCCAAACCAGAACUGCCUCAAUCACCAAUCGCAGAGGAUGUACAAAAACAAUAUUCGCAACACAAAGAACUUUAUGAAAAACUAAGGGCUGACGUGGCAAUCAAAAUGCAAUUCUUAGAUGAAAAUCGAAUUAAAGUAAUGCAUAAACAAUUAGUAUUACUACACAAUGCAAUAGCUGCCUACUUUUCUGGCAAUGCCACGGCUCUAGAAACAACAUUGAAACAAUUUAAUAUAAAGCUUAAAUCUCCUAAUUCUGUAACAGGGUCUUGGCUGGAACAGUAGUAAUCAUGUUAUGUACUUGCAUCACUAUAAAUAAUCCUUAAAUAAAACCAAACAAAGUAUUUUUCUCUUGUCCACUUAUAUAUUCUUAUGGUUAUUUAACUAAAAAAAAAACAAAAAUAAAUCAUAUGUACAUGUAUUUAACAUUGCGAAGGAUGUAUGUAUUUAACAUUAUAAACGGAUGUUUUGUAAUAUGA